CUGUGUGUUGUCUAAUAAUCAGUGGUAGAAAGAAGAAAAGUCAACCAGGUCAACUUCGCCAUGCUUCAAGUUCGGUCCGUUCGUCCAGACGAAAGCGGCCUUUUGAGCUAUAUUUUACGUCUUAUCGAUGGCGAAAAGUGGAGAGUGUGCUCCAAUACCUGUGAAUGCCUACUCUUAAUCGAUCCCACGUCCGUGUUUGUAGGUGAACUGAACGGUAAACCGAUAGGUUCUGUGGUGUUCUUGAAGUAUGGCGAGUCUUAUUGCUUUGUAAGUACGUUUAUCAUCGAUCCAGAAUACCGCGGAAACGGCUAUGGGAAGCAGCUAUUCAAUACUGCUAUGAAGGCAGCUUCACCUCCGCCAAGCAUGGCGCUGUGUUCUGUUGAUGCAAUGGUUCCAAAUUACAAGAGACUUGGCUUUGAACCUCUCUGGAGAUUGAACGGUUACGACGUCGAAGUCAAGGUCGCGUUGCUCCAAACUUUAAAACGCGAAUUUACAACAUCUUCGUAUCACGCUGAAACUGUUGAUGAAUCAAAAAAUGAUGUAAUUAUUAAUUACGACACUAAAGUUUUUGGGCAUGAGCGCAAAGAUUUUCUAAAAUAUUUCAUUCGCUCAUGCAAUGGUCUCGCAAGAAUGGCUUCAGAUAGUGGGGGUAGUAUUGUUGGCUACCUUGCAACAAGAGAAGCCUACAACAAGGAAUAUGGCUAUGUAGUCGGCCCACUCUAUGCAGAUUCUAUAGAUGUUGCUGCUGUUCUAUUGAUUUCCAUUGUUGAAGCUAUCCUUGAUAGUGGAUCUCAAGAGGUCGCGCCUCGCAUUUGUAUGCUUAGUCCCGUAGGAGGAAACCCUGAAGCCAAGCGACUCAUUGACUUGAUGGGUGGCGAGCUGCAAGAGUCUGAUACAUUUUGUGCUACAAAUGGCAAGCUACAGGGCUGCGUCAGGAAGUGGUUCGCUAUUACUGGUGGAAAUCUUGGUUGACAUUUUAUGUAGGGGGUGCAGGUUUCUGGUAGUCGCAAUUUCUCAAUCAAUCAACAAACACAAUGAAACGGUUCCAAUGAAACAAUCAAUCAGCUAUUGCAUUCGUUAUAUUUAUAAUUGAAAGUAGACUGUAUACUCAUUACUAUAGUGUUUUCUUAUUCUUAUAUAAUCAAUCAAUCAUUUCAUUUCCAUAUUCAGCGGUGUAGCCAGGAUUUUUAAUGGGAGGGGGCCCAAAAGGGACUUUCAAGGCAUUUUCUAAUGUAUUUUAGAUGCUUUCUCAUACAUUUACUGUAUUUUUGUCUGUUAAAAGGGGGGGCCCUAGGCCACCCCCUGGCUACGCCCCUGAUAUUUUUACAGUGGAACCUUGAUGAUGUAACUGUAUGCCAAGGGAUAGAUUUAAUUUAGCAAGAGAUAGAUUUUACCCUUGGUGCACAUAUUUUUAAUUGCUGUACUGAGAAUAUUGUCAUAUUGAGAUUUUUUCUAAUAUUGUAAUGAAAUUUUGCAGGGACAAACUAAUUAUUGUAUUUUUAUAUGUUUUUUUUAUGAUUUGAUAUAUUCUUAUUAUAUAUUGUUGUUAUUUUUGAGAAAUAAAAGAAUGUAGGGUCA